AUGCGACAUAUCGCAGCGAUUCUGCUACUGGACAUCACAAUAAUCUGCUAUGUGGUCCUUUAUGCGGUUUCUGUCUCUUCCAGAGGAGGAACGGCGUUCCUCUCUGGCGCGGUUCCACCGGCACUUUGUAAGCCGCUCCCGCAGUUGUAUGCUCGGCACAUUGACUUCUUAGAAGAUCCACUGGAGUCUAUACCACAUAUUGAGUACUCUAGUUCGAAGUAUCCACCGUACCCGUACUACGAUGCUCCGCGAAACUUGUUCUUUGCCACCUAUUCCCAGGAAGACAAAGCUUCAGAUGACAGUGGAACCGCCGUUUCUGAGGCUCAGAGCACCUACAUGAAGAAUGCGGAGCUCCGUCGUACAGGGGAGAAGGUUGCUCCACUUGAUUCAUCUCCGAUAGCUGCGUUCGACCGUGCGAUAGGGAAUGACUAUCGUGACUACAUUUACACUCCGGGCGUACAACACGAGCGCGAAGUGAUGAGGACGGAUUUGGCUGAAUACGACCUCGUUCGCCCGGGUAUUGCGCCGUGGCCGAGUUAUGAGGAGCUUCGGGCUGAAGGUCUGGCACUUCGAACAUCACUAUUCAUAGACCUCGACCCCGGACAUCAGCUGGAGAGGCACCUUAUAGGAAAACCCAUGCAUCGUAACGACAUUGCUACACUAGGUGAGGCACGUAUCGAGCAGCGCCGUUGGGUGGAACGUAGCUACAACGAAGAGUGGCCGCUGACAUACGAUGAGUUUGCUGCCCUUCCUCUUGAUAUGCGAGAGGCAUACUACGCGAACCGUUACCCUGUUUGUGAUGAGGACGAAAGGUUCAGCAUGGUGUUGAACUACCGGAGGGCGAUUGGCUGUCCUGUAGAGAAAGAACACCCCCUUGAGUUUCGGUAUCAGGAGGAUAGCUAUACGUACACACCCAGGGAUAGUCCGGUAUUACGUGAUCUCAUGAAUUGGGACGAUCCUCUAGAUGCACCGUGGCGGAUACGAGUAGAGGAAUGCAUACGGGACUGCGUAGCCUAUGGUUGGCCCCCAGAGAGCAUACGUUUCCAUACAUGCUUCGAAGUAUACGAUGUGACAUGGCUUGCUGGUGCUGUCAAGGUGGUCAUUGAGCAAACCAGGGAUGAAGGAGGUUUCAUCACCCCUAUGGAACUCAAGCUGAUGUUGUCGAAGCUGGAGCGUCGGUUAAAAGAUCUUGACGAAGAUGAAGGCACCCAAUCCAUUGCGUCCCACAGUCUCAUAUUAGUGGCGCGUGAACACACUCGAUCGGCUGGCAAAGUGCUUAUAUGCCGAAGAGACUGGAAUAGCCAUGUGGGAAGCAACGUCACCAUUUACUUCACCGAUCCUGAUGCCCCUGUGAUCCGCGGUAUCAUGCGUGGCUCUCAUAGCACCCUUGCCCUAAAGAUAGAGGUGGAUGGCCGCGAACAAACGCUUCCACUGAACUUCAUUCGCGAGAUCAGAUUAACGUAG